AGUCGUUGCAACCGAGUGGAAAAGAGAGAGUCGUCAACCAUCAUGUCAUGGUGGAUAGAAAAGUUGCUUCGAGUCUGCUUGUACCCGAUUUGGAAGUGAAAAAUCACCCUUUAAGUAGCAGAAAUGUGUCCCUAAAUAUUAAAAAUCGUAACCCGAGUGCUCCUGGCGUCCGGUUAAGGUGUUUGCAGCGUUCGCCGAGAGGCCAAUAGUGAAUAGAGUACGUAGGAUAAAGAGGACGCGCAAUGUCCUCGACUGCGCCAGGCGGUUUGGGGUCAUCACUCCCGGCGAUCAUCAUGGCCAACGGAGGGAAACAGCCCAAACUGGAAUCGAAAUCCGGUGCAGCUGGAGUUGUAUCGGUCAAGGGUUCCGCGAGUGUGGCGUCCGGUUCCGUUGACAAACAUGAAUCCUGGCAAAUGGAACUGCUCAUGGAGCGGCUUAGAAGCAAAGCGAAAUCGUCACAGUACAAAUCGUUUCAGGAAAUGUCGAAAGCUGUUCGGAUGUCUUUAUUGGAAAAACGUUAUGCCUUAGACGCUGUGGAAAAAUCAAAUUUGCAGAAAACAUUAGAUAGUAUGCAGUAUUGUAUUAAAGUAACAUCCCGACAGGGCCUAGUGGAAAGACUCGACUGCCUUACGCGUCAACUUGGUCUUAAACUUAGCGAGGAUACUUCAGGAUUAUUCAUUUCGUCCGACAUGUUCUAUUUGGAAAUCAUCUUGGAUCCAAAUGGGACCGUUCAGGAUGUGAAAGUGCAUCACGAGUGUAAAAUGAAACAGCAAAGCUGUAGUGAGCUAGUAUCUUGCCUACAGCGUGGUGAUUUUGUCGACUUUACCACCCAGUUAGAAGGAUUAGCUUCGAUUUAUCAGUUGAAUGCUGAGAAGAAGAUAAAGGUGAACGCAUUCGUUGCGCUGCAAGCAUUGGAGACGGAUCUGUACAAUCUAUACUCGCUGUCAACUCAACUUUUUACUGAUAUCCAUUCACUGUUGCUAAAGUCUCCCCUUGGAGUGGUGCAAAAGCGUCGUGGAGGCCACGCCAUGAAGUUGACCUACUACAUAGCACCGUACGAUUUAUUGGAUUUGGAAGCUAAGAAAAUGAAACCUCUGAACGCUGAGCUAAUUUCGGCGGAAAAGGUUGGCUACAGUGUGGCAAUUAAUCUAGAAGCGUCCACGGCUAAUAAGUUGCAGAUUCAACCACUCUUGGUGCAUCAAGGAAAUUCUCCCGUGUACAGCCCAAUAGAAAAGCAUAAUUCCACUUCCCUACCGGCUACUUUCGUGCUGAGAUUGAACAAACCGAUGGCUUUGAAUAUUGCUAUGCUGAAGAAAAUUAAAACGAUUACUGGAGAUAACUCGGCGGCGGGGACGAGCGAACCGGUUAGUAAUAGUAGUCAGUCAUGUCUGAUCAGUUUGAUAGUGCAGCAUGCUUCGAACGGGGCUGUCAAUAACAUUGCCAAGGCAUUGUUUGUGACACUGCCUGAUCAGUAUCAUUGUUACUAUAUGACUGAGAAUAAAAAUCUACAGGGUACCAUCAUCAGUAGCAUUCCAUUCACCGAACCGCAACACGUGUCCAAGAUUUUAAGUUUUCUGCGGCAACAAGCUCUCUUCAAUCAGCUACUGUCCAGCUGUAUCCGAAACAAUGGGACCAGCAACACACGGGUUAUCGACUACGAACAUCUUCUGGUGUUUGAAGUGGCCGCCCUCUCGUGUCAGUAUAUUACGGUUUCGCUGGAGCAUCCAUUCGAAGAGUCCCUAGCGAUGGUAGAGUUCGACUUGCGGAACGUUUUGGCGAUUCAAGUACGAGUCUUCUGCAAUGGGUACGAGACGGACGAAGGAAUAUCGAAUCGCGUUUCGUUGAUUGUUCAGCGGACGAUGUCGAUUCCGGUGACGUUACGGGGAUUAAUCAAAAUUUGGCAGGAGGAAUAUGAAGUCAAAUUCAAGGGAAAAGUGGGUACUGGUGCGGCGGCCGGUGGUGGCGGAAACGGUGCCAUGGAUGAAGGAAAUUUUAGCUUGUCCAUGGGUCCCGACGAAGGCGGAGGGAACGGUCCAGCGGGACCCGGAGGAGGAGGCAGUAGUAAUGGAGGAGGAGGACCCGCUAUGAAUGGCCAACAUAACGGGAGUCUAAAUGGCAGCGGAAUGGUGCAUCAGGAUUUCUGUGAGGUGAAAAAGAUUAAGCUGGAACCGAUGGACCCAUCGAAGAAACGUCGUGGAGGAGAGGAUUUUUGUAGAAGCCCAAAGAGUAGUAAGGUAGAAUCGGAAGGAGCAAAUGAAGAAAUGGACGAGGAAGACGAUGAUGAUUAUGACGAGUCGACAAACUUGAGCAGUGGCGACUCGAACAACUCUUUGGGUGGAAAUCAACAAAUAAACGUAGGACAACACAUGUCAUCGUCAUCAUCAUCAUCAUCGUCGUCAGCAGCAGCAGUAAUGGGAGCACCUACUUCAAUCAGCAUGGGACCAACGAUAGCGACUACCGGAAAUGUCAGUGAAAGCUCCGGAAACUGUUCCAUCUUGGGAAAUUUGGACUUUUCCUCUUUGGAUCCCGAUUUAAUGCGAUCGUCCAAUAGUUCGGAUCUGGAUGAUAAUGUUGAAGUGAGUGAAUCCGAAGUCAAAUUAAUGUCGGAAGAGAAGCCUUCCUACACGUCGUCGGUUAGCAUUACUCCGAUCGGUGUGGGGAAGUCGACAAGCUCGAUUACGAAUUCCGUCCUGAACAAUAUCGGUUUGGACAAACGGCCCGGGAUUGAGAUAAUUCCAUUGGUUAAUGCUACUGCAAAUGUGCCCUCCUCGAUUACCAUUACCCCGAUUCCGUUGGGUUCCUCUGGAGGAUCAUCGAAAAGCAACAGUAGCAGUUCUGACAAAAAGCUCAGUGGAAGCAGUAGUAGUAGCUUGAAUCGAAAAAGUGGUAGUAGUAGCAGUGAAUCUGAUCGAGCAAAGCUCGAGAAGAAAAAGAAACGUAAACACGAAGAACAUCUGGCCCAACUGCAGAUGGGACCUCCACACAAGAUACUCUCCAAGAGUUCGGACGGACCCGCUUCCCCAUCGGGCAGUAGUCGGAAGUUUUCCGUUUCCCCAGUACCGCUCAAAAGUGGGAGUAGUAACUCAUCGAGUCAGUUGUUUCUCUCCGGUGGUAGCCCUGGAACUGGGUCCAAAUCUAGUCCCAAGCACUCGCCAGUACAUCACAGUAGCCCGAAGCAUCAGGGAAGCUUUGGAACAUCAUCACCGAAGCAUAUCUCCGGUGGGAGUUCUGGUGGAGGUAAACCGAGCAUGUCGGCGUUAAAAUCGGCAGCCAGUAGCGGUUCGCCUAGUUCCAAAUCGUCUUCCAACAGUGGUGGCGGAAAAGAGGAAGGGUCAUCCGGUGGUGGCAGUAAAAGUGGGAGUAGUGGAUCUUCGUCUUCUAGAGAUCGCGAUCGGGACAGGGAUCGAGAUAAGAGCGAGAAGAAAUCUGGAUAUUCUUCAUCGUCUAACUCGUCCAGCCCUAAACUGAAAACACCAGCUAUAAAACUGAAACAGCUGGAUUUGACCAAUUGUGGUACUGCACUGAGUGCCGGCGUGCAAUUGGAACUGAUGAAUAGCAAUAGUAGCGGAGGAAGCAGUUCGGGAAGUGGCAGUAUAGAUCUUACCGACAGUGGAUUAUUCGGGGCUAGUGCAGCGGACCUUUCAAAAAACUCUUCAGCUGCUGCCGCUGCUUCUGCUGCUGGAAUGCUACUUCUCCAGCAGGCAAUGAAAAAUCGCAAAGGCUCUCUCAGCGCUGUGAUCGACAAGCUCAAAUCGGCCCAAAGUGGCGACGAAAGUACACUGAUGCUACUACCAGAGCUGGCCCAACAAGCUGGUUUUUCAUUGAAAGAAGCCACCACUUCCGGUAAAACUGCUUCCUCGUCGUCUUCGUCCUCGACACCGAGCUCAACCUCCACGACUCCGGUUUCAAACCUCACUGGCUCUUCCGUUGGAUCAUCCGCAGCAUCAGCCGCGGCGGCAGCUGCUUUGGCAGCCCAUUUAUCUUCGGCGGCUGCCGCCAUGCAAGGAAAAAAUUCGGAAUAUAUGGUCAAACCAAGUUCAGAUGGAAUCAAACUUACCAUUCAGAACAAGAAAAGCUCAAAGAGUGGUAGCAGUAGUUCGUCAUCAAGUUCCAAAAGCAGCUCGAAAUCGGGAAUCAAACCGAACAUUUCAAGUGGAUCUAUGCCGUCGUCAAAGAAAUUACCAAGCUCACAAAGCUUCAGUGGCAGUUUACCUAGCAGCAGCAGCAGCAGCAGUGGAAAAUCUUCCAGCUCCGGUUCAUCUUCAAAAGCACCAUUUCAAAAGUCGAGCUCUUCUGGGUCAUUAUCGAGUUCUAGCAGUACGAUCAGAUCAUCAUCUAAAUCGGGUUCUUCGUCGUCCGGUGGUAGCAGCAGUAAAGAUAAAUCCCGAGGUAGCUCGAAAUCAUCUUCUGCUGCUGCAGCAGCAGCUGCAGCUGCUGCUUCUUCGCUAAUGGCCACCAAUGCAGCGAUGGUAGCGGCGGCUCAAGCAGCAGCCAAUGCCAAUGCAUUGAAUGUCAUGAAAAUGCUCGGUCUUACAUCAUCCAUCCAGAACAUGGAAGGAUUCGUCAAAACACUGGAUACAAAAUUCCAAAUCCCGAAGCUUUCUGCCAGAUCUGGUGGUUCUGGUGGAAGUGACGUAGACAAGUUGAAGCAAGAAUCUCGCCCGACGUCUUCUUCGGCACCAAACACCCCACUGCCCAAUGUUGCUCAAUCUCCAACCGGUAGCAAUGAUUUCUCGCUUCCAUUCAACAAAUUGCCGGGAGAUGUGUCCCCACUGCAUUCGUCCAUGUUACCGAACGUGAUGCAGAAAAUGUUUUCCGGUCACGAUAGUUCAAUGUUGCUUCGAAGAUCACCAAACCUGGAACACCAAGCGUCCAGCAAUAGCCGAGAUGGCUUCUCUUCUAUCUAUGGGAAAGGAUCAACAACACCCACAACUCCAACCGGGUCCAUUCCGCCUCCAUUUCCAUCACCGGUCAAUAUGCAAAGUCACGCGAUGGACUUUUCCAAUAGUAGCGAUUCUGCCGAUGCCAGUCUAAUGCGACCACCGUCACGUCCGAGCAGCACCAUGUCCAACCACAGUUCAUCGGACAAGCUAAUAGAAGCUAAUACCAACAGUAACUCGAUGGACGGCCUUCGAAGCACUUCUCCUGCCCAAGCAUUGGCAGCGGCAGCAGUAGCUGCACAGCUUAUGAAUAAGCUCGAUAAUACUCAGCAGCUUGUGGCUGCACUGAAGAACCAUCACCAUCAUCUCAGUGCCCUCAGCAAUGCUGCGGCUGUGGCUGCAGCAGCUGCUGCUGCUGCAUCGGCGUCAGCUGGUUCCGCCGGUUCGGGACCCGUUACUUCGCCGACGUCGGUUUCGGUUCACAUUGUAAAAUCGCCCGUCCCGAGCCCUCUUCCGUUGCAUGGUGGUUCCAACAGUACUGGUGGACCCGAUGAGGACGAGACGCUCGUUGGGGUCAGUGGCAAAUGACAAUAUCGUGUCGUCGCUGUGCGCUGUACAUAGAACGUAAUAACAAUUUUUAACAAAUCAAAACGUAUGCAUGUUUUUUACGUAAAAGCUGUUCAAUACAUAUUUAAAAGAUUCGAAUGAAUACUACUAUCAAUCAUAGUCGAUUCGUUCGGACAUAAAAGUUAACCCGUAUGAUUUAAAGUUUAUGCAAUGUCUAUCCUUUUUCAGUUUAGCAUUUCCCCCCCGUUCAGUAUGAUUAUAUUCUAAUCAAAACGAUACGACUAUGUAGUAGUCUUUAUGAGAUUGUAAUAGUGAAGAAUUAUUGAUGAAAACCGGAAAAAGGGAAUCAAUUUUAGGCAAAGGAAAAUUUACAUUAGAUGAGGUUGAGUACCAAGCGUAUCUCCCGAGGGAAGGAAUGUUAGAAUUAGCUAUUUGGAAAGAGUGUGUUCGAUAGCAGCGUUGAUGAG